CAGCAAUAUCAGAUUACGUAACAGCCACCAAAAUACAAACAUGUCAGGUUGGAUAUUGUACGCUCGACAAUGCAGGCAGUUUUAUUGUAAAAUACCUGUUUUUAAACAGAGGAACAGCACGAUAUUACAAUGUGUUCGCCUAGGACGUCUUAGUGUGGCUUUAAUACCACAAAUAAACCGACAUUGCUAUCGUUUGAUGUCACAAGAGUCCAACAAGUUCGAUGAUGUACGACCUGACAUAAAGCGUGACCAAGAGCUUGAAGACACUAGCAAUGAUCCAUCAAAGAAAACGGGCAGGCAAAAGCUAAGUUUGGUGUUCGCAAAGUAUGGAGUUACCGCAGUUGUGUUUCAUACGUUCAUAUCACUGACUUCGCUUGGAUUGUGUUAUAUUGCUGUUAGUAGGUUGGUAUAUUAACAUAUUUACCUGGGCAUGGUACCUACUAUGUAGCUUCCAUUUGAUUUAUCCCAUUGAGUGACAGCAUUCUCCCCUUGAGGAGUAAAAUUGUCUGGCAUUAGAGUAAAAACAAUCAAGUAGGGUGCAUCAGGGUGCUUUGCUACUUAAAGGGUUAAUGAUGUGCAUAUGCACCAGUCAAAGUAAACACCGACCCCACCCCAGGAUAUAGGUGGGGAUUGACUUUGAAUACCGUACCAGAACAGACAAAUGCCCCACAAUAUGGGACAAAAUUUUCUAGCAAAAGACAAAAAAUGCCCCACCCCCCUGGGGAAAAUUGUAAGUCGUAUGAGCGAAUUUAUCUCCUGGGGCCGGUUGUUCAAAGCUGGACAAGCGCUAACCCUGGGUUAAAAUUUAACCGGCUGUUUUAGUUUGUGUAUUUCUACACGUCUGCUUAUCUCAAAACUUCAGAGAAGAAAACUCCUAUCGAUCCAGACAAGAUCUCUGAAGAAAUAUUUCCAAAUUUAUAGACAAGCUGUCAGGAAGUUUGCUUUGAAUUUUAGGUUAACCCAGGGUUAAGCUAAUCUAGCUUUGAACAACUGGCUCCUGGAUAAUAUAAUAUCUCCUGGAUAAUAUAAUAUCUCCUGGAUAAUAUAAUAUCUCCUGGAUAAUCUCCGGGCUGCCGCAUAAAAAGACCACAUUUUAAAAUAUUAAUAUUUUGUUCCAAAACUCAAAAGAACAAAAACAUAUUAAUAUAAACAAACAAAUGUCGAGCUUUCCACAACAAUAGAUUCCAUGGAUGGAUGGAUGGAUGGACAUAUUAACCAGUAUUAACAUAUAGAUUGAAAAGAAAUGAAUCUAUUUAUAAAAUACCUCUCGAUUUCACUUCCUUGCGAGCACGCCACCUUGACCUUUGUCACAUGGUAUAAAAUGGUAGAACCUGGGGAUUCCAUUCGACAAAACGGUACCAAAUAGUACAAAAUGGCCGCAGACAAUUCCCAUUAUCUUCCCUGCAUAAUUCGGCAGAAUGACAAAACCAACCAAUUCCCGACAUGGUUGGGACAGAAUUCGAUGACAAAAAGCCACUAAAUCCCCACCAAAUCCCCUCUUUGUCUGUGGUGGUGGUGGUGGGGGGGGGGGUUACUUUGACUGGUGCAUUACCUUGGCUUCAUUUAUGUACAAGUCAAAUCCAACAGCGAUCAGCCCCCCGGGAAUUUGACUUUUGAAAAAAUAAAUGGUCAAAUGCCUGCCCGAACAGGCAGAAACCACUGUCAAAUGCCCUGCUAUAGGGGUAGUCCUGGUUCUGGAAUUUUGGCUAAAAUUUAAAUCGAACAUUAUUUCAAGAUUAAUUAAAAAGAACGAAAAAUAGGCAAGUCAGUUCUUCUUUUUGUUCAACCGGGCAUAUUGUAUCAUAUGUCUAUGAUUGAUAUUUGUGAUUCAGAAGCAAUUUUUAAACUAUCGAAAAGACGUAAAAUAGAAAACUCCUGAAGCACUAUCUAGAGUGUACACAUAUUUUUAGAGCAAGUUUUUGUCAAGUGGUCAAAUGCUCGACCGGGAGGUCAAAUUCCCGCCUAUACGGAGGUAAUCUUAAGUGAAAUGCCUGGGGUUGCCCAGGAGGGAGGGGGGGGGCGGACUGAUCGUGGUUGAAUUUGACUCAUACAUUAAUUAGUGCUGAGUGCCGGAGUUAAUAUAUCAGAUCUGCAGUGUUUUUUUAUUAGCCAGAAUUGCGGUGUUUCCUCCCAGCUCGGGCUGGAGAGUCAUGUGACAAUUUCCUAGAAUUAGUGUUGGUUACAAAUAAUGGCAAUAUUGAAAGUGGUAUACCGUACAUAUAAUCUAAAGUCAUCUGUUGUGUCAAACCAUUUCAUAUCUGUUGUGUCAAACCAAAUGGCCAAAUUGCGAUAAGUCAUGUCUGUGAUCUAUCUAUCACAUGAAAAGUUGUGAAUCACAAGCGUUAGCUUACCUUUGGGACAAAGUUGAGUUGAAUGACACCCGCCAUUAUCUGGACUUUAUCCCAUGUUGAAAUUUUCAAAUUUGAUUUGAUUAAAAAAGUAGAGAUGUCUUUAAUAUUUUUAUUUGCAGUCAAAAUAUUAUAAACACCCUCACUUUAUAACUACAGUAAUUAAAAUCAUGAUUUUACCUUAAAUGAAAGGCUAAACCUUACUUUGUAUCAACAAUAUCCUGUAUCCAGCUGAAUAGCAAAAUUGCAGUAGCUUUAUCUGGUGCGUCCCAUAGAGGAAACUCCUGGGCAAGUUGGAGCCCUCAUUCAGGUUGGGGCUCUCCCACUCUCUUAUACCUAUUUUCCAGUUCUGAAUACACCCCCCACUACCCACCCAUUGUAGUAUUGAUUAGUGUGAGUUGGUUAAUUUUGAUUGCGAUGUUGGUUUUUUUUUCUAUUACAGUGGUCUUGACAUUCCUGGCUUCCUUAUGAAAAUUGGAGCAAGUGAAAGCUUCUCGACAUCAGUUGCUGCAAAAGGUGCUAGCACGUUUGUCAUCGCAUAUGCCUGCCACAAGAUUUUCAUGCCUGUUCGAAUAUUUCUGACAGUAACAUGUACGCCAUUAAUUGUCCACAGACUAAAACGGUAUGGAUUUUUAAAAGCAAGAUGAGAUUGUAUGCCGACCAGUGUUUAGUUAGAGGCAGAAAUGUCGAAAAGGGUGAAGUGAAAGGGUACGGCAGACAGUAGGGUCAUGGCUAAGUUGGAGUCAAGUCAAGAAUUCCCAAUACACAAUCUGUGGUCAGUAUUUUCCCCCAAGUUUUAUUUCUUGUUUGGCCAGUUUUGUGUGAAGAGCUUGUGUGAAAAACAAACUAAGCAAUAUGGCGCAAACAUAAUUUACCCUUUCAAGUCUUUAUUGUCAAGAGUUGCAUCAGACGAGUAACUUUACAAAUGUCUAAUUAUUUACAAUUAUGAAUAGAGCUAAUUAUCAAUUAUCGAUAUUAAAAUUUUUAUAUUAGUUAAAAUAAUUAAAUAGUCAUCUUUUGAAACGCUUUCGUUGAUAGGGAUCCAACUACCUGAAAAAUAUAAGAAGAAUUUCGACGUUUCGAGUGACGGCCCUUCGUCUGGGGUCUGCACUAGUAACUGUAGUAACUCUAGACGAAGGGCCUUCGCUCGAAAUCCCAUUAGGCCAAAAAGAAAAUAUUUGGGUUUCCGGUUUCUUCUUAUAAAAACUUAGGUAGGGUAGGUCGAUUUUAACUUUUUUUUUUAAACUUUUUUUUAAUUUUCCGAACAAGCGGACGCCAUUUUGUUUAGUCAGUGCUUCCACAUCCAAAGAUAAAUUUCCCUAAUAUUGCCUCGGAUUUCAAUUUUCCACAAACUUUUUCCUCUAAGUGGAAACAGUUUAGGGUUGGGAUUUCGACGUCCAAAAGCUAGGUAGGGUCGGGAAAGUCAUUAAUCUAUCAUUGAGGAUUGAACAGAAAAACUUUCCUAAGGUGCUUGAAACACAGAUUCCUCUAUAGUUGUUGGGAUUUAAUUUAAUUCCCGAUUUGAAAAAUGUGGUAAUUUUAAAUACCCCAUUUUUUUAAAUCAGGAAUUAAAUUAGAUCCCAAUAAAAUAUUUCGACCAUGCUCUAGGAAAAAUUCCUGAAGUUAUAAAGAAUACUAAUUAGGAGUGUUUAAUUAGGUUUAAAGCCACUGCACAUGACAUAUUAUGGUUGACAUGAUUUGUUACUAAGCUUAUGAAUUAUUAAUGAGUGUUUGAAGAAUGUCUGUCUGUAUGUAUGUAUGUAUGUAUGUAUGUAUGUAUGUAUGUAUGUAUGUAUGUAUGUAUGUAUGUAUGUAUGUAUGUAUGUAUGUAUGUGUGUAUGUAUGUAUGUAUGUAUGUAUGUAUGUAUGUAUGUAUGUAUGUAUGUAUGUAUGUAUGUAUGUAUGUGUGUAUGUAUGUAUGUAUGUAUGUAUGUAUGUAUGAUGGAUGGAUGGAUGGAUGGAUGGAUGGAUGGAUUGGAUUGGAUUGGAUUGGAUUGGAUUGGAUCAUUUUAUUAUUAACUUUGUGGAAAUAUGCUGCCUUUUUUAGUUUUAUUUUCUUAAUCAUAAUCUGUAAUUUCUGUG